GCAGCUGCCAUUCAGCAGGCACUGAGGAGUACCGACGGCAACAAACGCGCAACUGCAGAUGAAGGGAGGGAGUGUGCGAGUUAAUAUAGCAGCGGUCCCAAAUACAGUACAUACACACCCCCGAAGAGUGUGAGUGUGUCCACACAGAGCUCGAACCACUGCAUUCAAUAAGCAUUCAGACGGAGAAGGGGAGAGGGAAACGGCUGCUACUUAUCUGAACAAGCUUCCACACAUACGGAGGAGCCGAGGCCAUUUCCACUGGCGAUAUUACUGCAGUAGAUUGCUUUGACGCCAGCAGCAAGAGAUACCCCAUGCGGCAAGGACGCGUCGCAUUUGUUGGUGGUAAAAAGCUACUGGGGCGCCUAUUUACCAACCCCCGCUGUUACCCUUAUCUGUUGUUUCUGUUUAUCGCAUUGUGCUCUGCUGAGAGUGUGUGUAUUCGGCACCUUGCGUUCGUCAUCCAGUGUAUUUUGGCCGCUGCUUGAAACUGACAAACACUGUUCCUUGACGCGCCCGAAACGUCUGCAGAGGUGGAGGAGAUGCCAGGGAGCGGUUGUUGUGGAGCAGGUUUGGAUAUUUUGCGAUAAAAACUACUCAACCAGAACGUGCAGUCGUGUGUGUGAGCACGCUGUGGCCGACGUCGAUAGACUGCUGCUUCACAAAUCGGAUUUUUACACUGCUCUUUUAAAAUCAUGAUUUGACAAAUGGGUUAAUUAUCUCCACGCAAGAGCCUACUACGAAGACCGGUCAAUAGAAUUACGCAUGGAUGCUUGUAUAAUGUAGUCACACAACGUUAGUUCCUGCAGAUCUAUUCAGUUAAUAUCAAUCAUCAUCGAAAAAAGCCUUAUUGCGGUAUUGUAUCAAAAUGCCGGCGGGAAUGAAGCCCCUGGAAAAGUUUUUGAAGAAACAGACAACGGCGCUCACUCGAGCUGGUGGCUUUGGGGAGAAGGCGACUGGCACUGGCGCUUCUCGGCGGAGAGCCAGCCUGUCUCGGGUGGUUCCGUUUUUCAGGGAGACUUCUCCAGAGAGCGGUCCGGCCAGGGAGGUGUUCAGCCCGGACACUGAGGAAGCACCGUGCUGGCCCUCGGCCACUGCGGACAUUAGGAGCCCGUCGCUGUCUAGCGAUGAGCAAAGCUCGGAGGCGAGUCUGGACACGAGCUGGACCCCGCUGCCUGCGGACACGCCGGACAACCUGGCGUUGGCGCUCCUGGACAGUGUGGCGGGCAAACGAUAUGGCAACUGCACAGAAACCCUCCUGGAUGACUUCAUGUUGACACACCCCAUCUUCCUGGCUUCGGACAGGUUCCAGCAGGUUCUACUCCAGCAAUUUGGUGUUGAGGGGAAGGCAGGGGAGGGCUGGCCCAGCUGGGACAGGGCAGAGAGGAAGCAGGCUGUGCUGAGUGUUGCCUUCCGCUACCUGGACACAUACAGAGAACUGCUGCAGGAAGAGGGCGAGAGGUCCAACAGCUUCCCCAAGGAGCUAUAUCUGUGUGCAGUCCAAGAACUCAGUCAGUUCCCUGAGCUCGUGGAAGACGUGCUAAAGCUUCAGCGCUGGACCGAGAUCCUCCAAUGCCCCAGCUCAGAGGAGGACAAGGAGAUUCGGAAGAAGCAGGUCCGUCCUCUUUUCCGCCACUUCCGCCGCAUCGAUGCCUGUCUGCAGCCCAGAGAGGCCUUCCGGGGCUCAGAUGAGAUCUUUUGCAGGGUGUACACACCGGACCACUCGUACGUGACGAUCCGCAGCCGUCUGUCGUGCCGCGUGGGGGAGAUCCUGGCGCUAGUCAGGGAGAAGCUGCUGUACAGCGAAGACCAGCCAACCCAACCUGGCAACCUGCUGCUGGUGGCUGUCACCUCCGCCGGGGAGAAGGCCGCUUUCCGGCCUAGCGACGAGGCGGUCUUCACCACCCUGGGAGUAAACACUCACCUGUUUGCCUGCGAGCCCUCCGAGCUGGAAAGCUUGCUUCCCUUACCUGAGGAGAUCCACUGGUCGCCCGGUGACAGUAAACUCCAUGACAUGAGUGCUGAGGAGGUAGCCACUCAGCUUGUGGUGUUCGACUGGGAGCUCUUCAGCUGCGUGCACGAGGUGGAGUUUGUGUGCUAUGUGUUCCACGGUGAGCAGGCUCGCUGGCGCCCCCUCAACCUUGAACUGGUACUGCAGCGAUGCAGCGAGGUGCAGCAUUGGGUCGCCACCGAGAUCCUGCAGUGCCAGUCGCUGCCCAAGAGGGUGCAGCUCCUCCGCAAGUUCAUCAAGAUCGCAGCUCUGUGUAAGCAGCAGCAGGACCUGCUGUCCUUCCUAGCUGUUGUUCUGGGGCUGGACAACCCUGCAGUCAGCCGCCUUCGCCUCACCUGGGAGGGCCUCCCUGGGAAGUUCAGGAAGCAGUUCCAGCAGUUUGAGAGCAUUGCGGAUCCAUCCAGGAACCACAAGUCGUACAGAGACCUGAUGGGCAGCCUCAGACCCCCUCUCAUCCCCUUCACACCACUGCUGCUCAAAGACCUGACCUUCCUCCACGAGAGCUGCAAGUCGUUUCAUGGGGAGCUGGUCAAUUUUGAGAAGAUGCAUAAAGUGGCAGAGAUGGUGAGGAGCAUCAGACGGUACAGGAGCUCUCAACUAGCUCUGGAUGCGGAGCCUUCCCCCUCUCACCUCCAGACCAAGGCCUACGUUCGCCAGCUGCAGGUCAUCGACAAUCAGAACCUGCUCUUUGAAAUGUCCUGCAAGCUGGAGCCCAAAGACAUGUGAGAGAAAGCUUGCAUGAGUGGGAGAGGGACGAGAAAGAGGGAGAUCGCCCCAGACCCACCAUAC